GGGCCGGUGUUCAUCAUCAAAGAGCUGGACAAGGACAAGAGCGAAUACGAGGCGUUCGUCACCAACGGCGGCAUCCAGGAAGUGAGGUCGGCCAUGGGACCACAGGCACAGCAGCAGCAGCAGCAACAACCACCGCAGUCCGGGGCGCCGGGGUCGCCGUCUUCGUUCGUCAAAGACACGGAAGAAGACACGGAAUACUUUGCCGUGUUGAUCACGCCCGAGACGGUGGCCCAGUUGCAGUUCGCCAAAAGCGCCCAAAUCCAAGUGCCCGUCUCCGUGCUUUUGGUGGCCGUCUCGUCCAAGCUGCCGUGGCUGAUGGUGUUGCGCCGCAAGAGCUACCCGCAGUUCUUCGAGUACCAGCAGCAGCAGCAGCUGCCGGCCGGAGUGCUGCCCCAGCCGGGCGGCGGCGGACCUUUGCAGCGCCGGAGGUUCUACGACCGACACCGCCGCGGUCUUCUGUUCGGCCAACAGCAGGACGAAGACGAGAUGACCCGGCUGGUGCCGUUGAUCUUCGAAGGGGAAAUGCUGUCCACCAUGUGCUACAACUUCAUACAGGACUACGUGACCGCCGGCAAGUUGCCCAGAGUGCCCGUAUCGGUCGCCGCCAAAACCGACCUAGGCCAGCAGCAGUCCGAGCAAAGAGCGGCCGAAUCAUACGCGGUGGUGGAGCCCACGUCGUCCGCGGUUCCCGCUCCGUCUUCGGCCGACACGUUGCCCGUGCAGAUGGCCGUUCCCAAACGGGUCGCGUAG